AUGAUGAAAGCUUUAGUAUUCCAAAACGCCGGCAAUUUUGCCCUUAAAUCUAUCCCAAAGCCCCAACUUUUAACAGCCACCGACGCAAUUGUUAAGAUCAUCAGUACCACUAUCUGCGGCACCGAUCUACAUAUUCUUAAAGGUGACGUUCCCGAGUCUAUUCCUUGCAAUGGUAAAUGUAACCCCCGCAAUAUCUUGGGGGCUCAAGGAUUGGUGUUGGGACAUGAAGGGAUUGCGGUAAUCGAAUCCGUGGGGUCCCAAGUAUCUGACGUUAAAGUUGGAGAUAAAGUCAUCAUCAGUUGUAUCACCAGUUGUGGAAACUGCUAUUAUUGCUCAAAGAAUCUUCAAUCUCAUUGUAUGAAUGGCGGGGGCUGGAUUCUUGGUCAUGAAAUCGAUGGAACCCAAGCAGAGUAUGUAAGAAUCCCAUUCGCUGACCAUUCACUUUACAAAGUUCCUGCAGGAGUCUCCAAUGAUAAAGCUUUGUUGAUGCUAUCAGAUGUAUUGCCAACCGGCAAUGAAGUUGGGUCAAUCAACGGUAAUAUCAAACCAGGCGACGUGGUAGCAAUCAUUGGUAGUGGUCCCGUAGGAAUUGCCGUGUUGGUGACCUGUCGAAAAUUCAAACCUAAAGCAGUAAUUAUGAUUGAUUUGGAUGAUCAAAGAUUGAAGGUGGCCCAGGAAAAAUUCAGGGCAGAUUACACACUAAAUUCUAAAGAUCCGGCGGAAAUGGAGAAAAACUUGACCAAGUUGUGCUCAGAAUUAACCAAUGGGAUUUCCAAAGGGGUAGAUGUAGCAGUGGAAUGUGUUGGGGCACCUGCGACGUUUGAAAUUUGUGAAAACAUGAUCAAUCCAGGUGGUAGGAUCGCUAAUGUAGGAGUCCAUGGAUCGUGGGUCAAACUAGCCCUUGAAAAAUUAUGGAUUAGAAACAUUCAAAUCACCACUGGGUUGGUUAAUGCAUAUACCACAGAUAAAUUAUUGGCGGAAGUGGUAAAUGGACAUUUAAAUCCAAAAGAGUUGGUCACCCAUGAAUUUAAACUUGAAGACAUUGAAAAGGCUUAUAAUUUAUUUGCAAAUGCUUCCAAGAAUAAGGUUAUUAAGACAUUUAUAACGGCUUAA